AUGAGUACAAAUGAUAUAAAUAAUCAAACUCCUUUAAACCAAAUAAUAAAUGAUGAACAAUCAGAAAAAAAUGAUAAUGAACCUUUAACAGAAAGACGAUCAUCAUCUUCUCAUUCAAUAGGAAUAGAUUCUAAUAAUAAAAAUUCUAAAAUAUCUACUGAUAACUAUCAAAAUCUUGAUCAAAAUUUACAAUAUGAUAUAAAUGCAUUAACACCAAAACAACGUCGUGAACGAUUAGGAACUUUAAUGAUUAUUGGUCUUAUUGCUUUUCUAAUUGGUGUUGACUAUGCUAUUAUAUUACCUACAGCUUGGGGUUAUCUUAAUUCAUUUGGAGAAUUAGAACAUAGUGGUAUUAUCAUUGGUGGACUUUUAGCUGGAUUUGCAUUAUCAGCUUCGAUUGCUGGUUUAAUAUUUGGACAUUUGAGUGAUAUUGGUUAUUCAUUAAAAUAUCUUGCUAUAGUUGGCAUUGGAUUUAAAAUAAUUGGAAAUUUGCUUUAUUUUAUUGGUAUUCAUUUUUAUGUCGUUAUUAUAGCUCGAGUAAUUGCUGGAGUUGGAAUGGGUUUAGUGCCACCAACAUUAGCAGAAAUAUCAAGAAGAUCAACACCAGAAAAACGAACACAACUUCUUGCAAAAAUACUUGCUUGUCGUCAAAUAGGUCUUUUUGCUGGUCCAUGUUUUACACUUAUUUGUAGAAAAAUGGAUUUUAAAAUACUUGGUUUUCAUGUAACAGUAUAUAAUUCUCCAGGUUUACUCAUGGCAUUUUUAUGGACAAUAACAUUAAUUUUAACAAUCUUUUUCUUUUUUGAUAUACCAAGAGCAAUAAAUGAACAAAAAUCACAAUCAGAAAGAUGGAGUUGUAGCUCAUUAGCUGAUACAUGUAAACGUAUUUCUGUGACAUGCAAAAAACCAACGAUUAUAAUUCUUCUUAUAACUGCUUUUAUUGCUUAUUUUAAUCAAACAGCACUUGAAACAACUAUAACACCAUUUACAAAUAUUCAAUUUGGUUGGAACGAAUUACAAGUAUCAAUUGUAUUUGCUAUAGCUGGUAUUGAAAUAACACUUGUUUAUAUUAUGUUACAUUUUAUAACAAAAAAAAUUCGUGAUGAAGCAAUUCUAUUAUUUGGUUAUAGUCUUCUUAGUAUAGCUUGUUGUAUUGGUGUUAUUAUUUUACCAUUUUCUGAAAUAGGUUCAAAAAAAUAUUUACCAAUAUUUUUAGUAUUUAUUGGUUUAGAUAUAUUUGCUUUACCAUUAAUUGCUGUAACAACAACAAGUUUAUUUACACAACAAACAAAUAAUGAUCAACAAGGUAUUGGUCAAGGUAUACAACGUUUUGUUAUUAAUGUAGCAACUGUUAUUGGUCCAUUAUUUGCUGGAAGUUUAUUAACAGCAAUAUGGUUAAUGAUAUCAUUUAUGUUUAUUAUUGUUUUAUUUGCUACAUUUUUAAUUAUAAUUGUUUAUCCAUCAUUUUCAUCAUUGAAUAAUGAUGAAUUAUCAACAUUAUUACCAGUUGAAAAUAAAAAUAAUAUAAAAACAAAAAAUUUUAAUUAA